UCUAAAUAUUGUUUUAAGCGCAGCUUGAAAAUCACUGUGGCAUAGAGUAAAUAAUAAUUACUGAUAUCGUCAAAGAUAAUAUCGUUUGAUAACUGAUAACAUUAUUAUAUUUUUUAUGUUAAUUCUUAGAGUAAUAAAAAGAGUAAUUACUUACAGUAAUUUGUAUUUUAUUGUUAAAAAGAAUAUAUAAUUUUAUUAUUAUUAUAUAUUAUUUGUAGUGACUACUAUUAUAGAACUACAGUCUAUAGUGCAUUAGUGUUACUAUACUACUGUAGUACAACUAUUGGAGUACUAAUUUUAGAGUGUAUAUUAUAGUUCAUAUCAUUGCCAUGGAAAAUCGUUGUUGUGUUUUGGGAUGUUUGAAGACUUCUGAUGAUGGAGUUAAAUUACACGAGUUCCCAUUCGAUAACCAGUUGUUACUGCCCAUUUGGAUAAUGGCAACAAACCGUUCAGAGUGGUUACCAAUUGCAAAAAGUAGAAUAUGUGACAAGCACUUUAGUAUUGAUGAUUAUGAAGCUGGAGAUAAGAGCAAUAUGCUUAAACCAAAUGCUUGCCCCAUGAUCAAUACAAACAAUAGUGUUGUAGAUACUAAGCCAUUGACAGAUUCUGAAUAUGAAGAAUUUUCAUCUACAAGUGAUUUCAACUGUUCCGAUAUUGAUUCUGAUGAUUUACCAGAUACACCAAAUACUAGCGAUCUGAAAUUCAGUGACGAUGAUUCAAUUCUAAGUACAUCAUCUUGUAGUAAUUAUAGUAAUUCAAAUGAAGCUACAGGAUUUGAUGACGAUUUUCUAUCAUCUCUUUCCGAUACUGAAUUUGAACCAGAUAAUAUAGAUGUUGAAGAAUCAAUGCUAGAAUUGGACUCUGUGUCAUUAUCUUCAUCUAUAACAAGUUUUGUAGAUACAAAUCAGCCUAUAGACCAUGUAUGUGCGGUUGUAUUAUGUAAUCAAAAUGCAAGAAACCAGUUUGAUAGAUUGUUUUUCAUCAACUUUCCAAUUGAUAAUAAAGCACUUUGUGAAACCUGGUGGAAAAUUUGUGGGCGCAAAGACAAAUUUGAUCCUCUGUCAAAAAUAUGCUCAAUCCAUUUUGAUCCUGAUGAUUUUACAUCUAUAACUAUUAGACGAGAAGGUCAGCUUUUUAGACAAACUAUUAUGAAGAAUAAUAAUACUGUACCAACUCUUUAUCUACAAUCACAUGAGUAUUUAAAAUUUACGAGAAAACGAAAAAGAAGUGUUAAUGAUAGUUCUACAGGUAUACAAAAUAAUUCAACAGAAAAUGAAUUCUGCAUUAUUCAAGGCUGUGAUAAGACAUUUGUAAAAGAUGGAAAAAAGACAUUAUUUUUUAAAUUUCCAUUGGAAAAUAAAACAAUGCUCAAAAAAUGGAUAAAUAGCAUUGGAUUACCUAAUUUUCAACCAACAGUUACAGAUCGAGUUUGUUCUGAUCAUUUUGAAAAUAAUGAUGUUUUAAAAAUUAAUGAUGUUUAUAGUCUGAAUAAUGAUUCUAUUCCAUCAAUUAAGCCACAAAAUUCAUUUGUAUUACGUUUUGAAGAUGAUUAUGAUAAAAAAUAUAGAUCCUCAGGUAGUAAAAGAAAUAUUGAUUUUGUUUUCAAUAAUUUAGAAUUUAGUAAAUUAGAAGAAAACACUUUGAUAGUUAAAGAUAUUACUAAAGAAAAAAAAAAUAAAAGUAAAUUGUUAAAUUCAUUGGAAAAUAAAUUGGAUGUUCAAGAACUAAAAAAUAAUGAAAAAAUCUUUAAUACAUCUGCAACCCAAUCUAGUUCAACUAAAAUAAAUGACAAUAAAGAAACUUUUAAUAAAUCCAAUUAUGGAGAUGUCAUAGAUAUUUUGGAUAAUAUUAAUAACAAACAAGGAACACUGUCUAAACAUAAAAAUGUAGAGAGUUCAAUAGACACAAGUAUAAAACCAUAUGAAGAAGAAAUCACUAAAGAAAAAAAAAAAAAUAAUGAAAAUUCAACCAAAGUUGACUUGGAGUAUGUUUAUAUGGAUGUAUUAAACUAUAAAAAUAUGAUGGAAGAACAACCAACUAUUUAUACAAACAAUAGUGUAAAAGUGUUGACAGAUGAAUGUAAUCAGACUAAAUUGGUAUAUACACCAAACAUUAAUAAUUUGAAAAAAGUAUCUACUGAUGUUUCAAAUAUCACUUCUAUAUCAAAAAAUAAAUGCAAUUCAAAGGUAGUUAAGAAAUCACAUAAAGAAUCAAUUACAAAAAUUAUUUCUGACGAACAAAAUAUGAUUCCAAAAUCAAGAAAUAAUGGAAACGACUGUGAUUAUAUUUACUUAGACAUGUUGGAUGGAGAUGAUGCUAAAAAUGUCUUGUCAUUUGAAAAAAGAAGCAUUUCAAAGAAUUCAAAAACAAAAAUUUUAAAACUUUUAGAAAAAAAUCAUACUGAUGGAAUUCCAGAAUCUAUAAUUUAUAAUAAAGAUCUAAUAGAAUGUUAUGGUGAAAUGCUUCCACCUUAUUGCGACCAGGAUUGUCAGUUAAUAUGUUAUUAUUCUAUACCUGGUCCUGAACGAAGACAAAUCUAUAAAGAAUUUCAGAUGUUGCAUAAUGCAACUGAACAGAAUUGUAAAAUAACUCAAUUAGUUCAACUACGUAUGACUAAAAAGAGAGAUGAUACUUUUGAAAGCUGUCCAACAUACCAUUUUGUCAGAAAUAAGGAAUCUAUAAAAGUGUGCAGAACUUUUUUUAUGAACACAUUAGGUAUUUCUGAACAUCGUCUCGAUGCCAUUUUGAAACCAAUUAAUUACAGUUGGUAUUCUGAUAGAGAUACUGCGUUGAAAGCCAAUCAACCAAAACAAGUAAAUGUAAUUAAUGAACCAGUUGUUAUGACAGAUUUUAUGAAAGAAUCUUCAAUACCAUUGGACAAAGACUACAAUUUAUAUGAACCUGAGAGUGACUCAGAAGUUAGUCUAGAAAAUGUUCCUUUUAAAGAAUAUGAAAAUGUAUUCCUGUACAUGAAAGGUAUUCCUAGGGUUUUGAGUUCAUAUCGAAUGCCUGGAACAUUAAAAAAACAUUUCUUUGAAACCAGUAUUUGUUUGGAAUAUAUGUACAAAACAUAUUCUGAAAAUUUUAUUAGGAACAAGACUCCACCACCUUAUACAAAACGUCAGUUUAAAAAAAUUUAUAACCAGUACAUGAAGACAUUUUUAAAAAUGGUUUAAAUCCAUUAUAUUUUAUUGUUAGCCAUAGACUUGAAAAUAGAAUUAUAUUGAUACUUUCAGAUAUUAUUUUAUGAAAAAUUAUGAAUAUUACAUCUAUAAAAUCCUAUUUUUGAAAAAUAACCUUACUAUUAUUAUUAUUUUUUUUUUACUAUAUAAGUUAUUAUUUACUGUUAAGUGUCUCAAUAGAUCUCUUAUUGUCUAAUUAUUAAUGAAUAUUAAUCAAAUACAAAAACAAAAAAGAAUACAUUUAAAAAUAUCUGUUAAUAAUAUAAUUUUUAUUAAUAUAGUUGAUUAAGAGAUCAUUGUAACCUGCAUGUGUUGUCUUCUUAUUAGUGCAUUAAAAAUAUUAUGUUUUGAAUAAUCGAUUUUACUUGGUUAAUUUUAAAAUUAGAUUGAAUUAAUCUAUUAAAAAACUCAAGUCAAGAAUAUUAUCCAGGGCUACACAAAAGUUACAAUAAUCAAAUGCACACAACUUGCUUUAAAAUUAAAGUAUCUAUAGACAACCUACAUGUGAUGCCAAAAAUAAUAGUAUUGUUUUUAACUUAGUUAUAAAUUAAUUAACUUUAUUAUUAAAAUUAAUUAAGUUAAAAGGAUUAUUCUAAAUUUCUAAGCCUAAAAUUUACAAUACUGUGCAUUUGUAAAAUAGAAACAACACAAAUACUUUAUAAUAUUUAUUUACUUUAUUUAAUGCUCAACACAAAAAUGAAAAUGUUAAUUAGUAACCAAAAAAAUGUUCAGAUCUUAUCAGUGGCGUAGCCAGGGGGAGGCCUGAAAUAUUAAGAAAAUUUAAAAAUUAUUUUAAUUUUUAAUGGUCUAUACAAAUCGCAACAAAAAUCAUAGAUUGUAUUUUACAAAAAUUGAUCAGCCCUCCUGAAAAAAAAUCCUGGCUACGCUAGUGGAUCUUAUUUUUUAAUUAUAUAGGUAUGUGACGUUUUUCAAAUUAAAAAUAUAAUUAUUGCUUAAAUAUAAUUUUUAUAAUCUAUUACCAUAAGUAAAUAUUUGGUGUAUUUCUGCAUUAAUAACAAUUAUAUGCAUAUAAUUAAAAAGAUGA